GUCAGAGCCGUGACUGAAAUGUCUUUACCGAGUGGCGGCGACCCAGCGUGGAGCUGAGGUGAACAAGUCCCUUCACGCCUGCAAACACUCAUCACGUGAAUCAUGGGGAAUUCCUACGCCGGGCAGUUGAAGUCUGCUCGCUUCGAAGAGGCCCUGCACAACUCCAUCGAGGCGUCGCUGCGCUCCAGCAGCGGAGAUCCGCAACCCAUCUUCACGCAGCUCUACCUGAAGCCCGAGCCUUAUCCUGCCAACGUGGACGCUGACGUGAAACCCAAAGUGGAGCCCCACAGCGGCGAGCUCCCCGCCCAGGAGCUGCUGACCAACAGCCACUCAUCCAAUGACGCGGAGGAGCUGGAGGAGGAAGAAGACUCGGAUAGCAACAGUCCCCCGCUGCCCUACUUGCAGACUCCUGUGCCAGAGGGCUGCUGCACUAUGGAAGGAUUCUGCCAGGCCGGCAAGGACCUGCGCCUAGUCUCCAUGGCGACGGAGCCCGUCGAUGUCCCGACGGGCUUCGAGCUGGUCGGCGCCAAGUCCCCCAGCGUGGCCGAGCACAUCCUGGUGUGCGCCGUGGACCGCCGCUUUUUGCCCGACGACAACGGCAAAAAUGCACUUUUAGGUUUUUCCGGAAACUGCGUGGGCUGCGGCGAGAAGGGCUUUCGCUACUUCACCGAGUUCUCCAACCACAUCAACCUGAAGCUGUCCACGCAGCCCAAGAAGCAGAAGCACUUAAAGUAUUACCUGGUGAAGAACUCUCAGGGUGCUUUGUGCAAAGGACCGCUCAUCUGCUGGAAAGGUAGCAAAGGUCUCCAUCCCAUUUGCUCCAGAUCUCCAGCCUCUCUCCUGGCCUUUCUCUCUUCAGACAGUAAAACGCGGCAGUUGUCCAGCGGGGCGGCGUCCACGUCCAAACCCGGCUCGUCGUCCUCAGUCAGCAGCAAAGAGAACGGCGGAACCAGCGCAAACGGAUCGUCUCCUUUCUCCCUUUCGGAUUCUCCACCCACCAGAAUGACGCCGGCUUCCGUGUUCUUCAAUAGCCCGAAUCUGAGCAGAGAGUGCGGCUUCAUCAAGCCUCUCGGCGCCACGCCUGGAAACAAGACGCUCCCGCUAGUUCCCACCGCCUUGAGGGUAAACGGGCCAACAAAUGGCUUGGCUGUGGACGGGCGUCCCCCCUUACUCAGCCCCUCCCAGGUCACCUUAGGAGCUCAGGGCCAAGCGUAUCGAAGCCCCGACUUGGGAGACAGUCCGGUGUCAUCUGCCAUGAACUCCGGUCCUCCCAAGAAGCGCCAUCGAAGGUGGCAUCCCACUUCAAUGGUCCCGGUCCCGCCCACGGCCGUCCCCGUGCCGGCCAUCCGACCCGUCGUCUGCCCUCCGGGUUCUGUCGUAGGUUCUGUGGUUUCUCCCCAAGCCCCCGGGCCGGGCGUCAUCCAGCCUCAGCCUGUCAGCGCGGGGGCAUCCGUCAUCAUCCCAGACAACCUGCUCAACUGUGUGGGAGUUCGCCCCGUCCUCCUCAUUGGGCACGGCACCUUACCUUAUUUCUACGGCAAUGUGGGGGAAGUGGUGGUGAGCCCCCUGCUGGUGGGCUGCUACAAGAACAGCCCACUGAGUGAGAACACAUUGGAGAGCCUCGGCCUUAGCGGCAGCCAGCAGCUCAGCGUGGAGACCAUGAUUCUGCUCACGUUGCAGUACCUGGCACGUCUAGGUCCGGAUCAGAUCCCCCUUCGUGAAGAGCUGGAGCAGAUCGUCCUGAAGGCCAUGCUCUGCUGUCCCGGCGGUACCGCUAUCUCCCCGUCCCAGCUGCCUUGGCUGGCUCGCUUGGAGGCCAGCGUUUCCGGUGGCGCGGUCCAAGUGGUGGUCACCCACAAUUCGCUGGGCGAGGGCAUCUGCGAGUCACUGCGCUCCCUCAGUGAGGGCCCCCACCUCCGGCAGUCGCUUCCCACCUACGUGCUUAUCAUAUACUCCUCCAAGAUGAGCGGCAACGAGUUCUGCGUGAUGGUAUUAGGAAAGUACCAAGCGAGGGCUUUAGCUGAAGGCAUGCUGACCACCAACGAGUUCCUGAAGGAGAUCAGCUACGAGCUCAUCACAGGCAAAGUCAGCGUGUUGGCGUCUCACUUCAAAACCACCUCUCUAGGGGACAAUCUGGACAAGCAGCUGGUGCGGUAUCAGCGGCGACGGAAGGGCCAGGUCAUCCAGCCCUUCCAGGGCGAUGUCACUGACCACAUCCACUCGCAGGAGGCCGCCAGCAUGUCACCACCUUCGGACAGAGAACUGCUCGGCAAGGUCUUCCAGAUCUUUCCGACGCAGUUGAGCGUGGCCCGACGCCUCCUCUCGCAGGUCUGCUCCAUCGCCGACUCGGGCAGCCAGAACCUGGACUUGGGCCGCUUCUGCAAAGUAGAUUUCCUGGUUCUGGUGCCGCCUUCUCACAUUUUGGUCAACCAGACGGCACAGCGCAUACGACAAUCAGGCGUCCUGUUGGACUUGGGGAUGGAAGAGUCAUGCCCGCCUCAGAAGUGCGACAAGUACGUGGUGCGCCUGGACGCUGACGUGCACGCCAAGAUGGAGGCCUUUAUGAGGAAAGUCAAACAGAACCCGUACACGCUGUUCGUCCUUAUCCACGACAACUCUCAUGUUGACCUCACCAGGUAUCAGACAUGCUGUUUAAAAAAAUACAUGUAUAUUUUGACUGCCAGUCUGACCUUGGUCUCUUUUUAUGAAGAUAACAAAGGGAGGAGGAAUUUAGCCCGCAUGGUGAUAAAACUAAACGGAAACAUCCGGAGAAUGCGUUGUAGUUAUCUAGAACCGAUUGAGAAAAAAAGAUGCUCAAUAUCACCUGACCUUUCUUCUUCUCGUCACUUUACAAGCGCUCUGUCGGGCUCCGUGUGCCACGGAGAGCUGCAAGGUCUGGCUGACCGCGUGGUCAACUGCCAGGAGGUCCUAGAUGCAAUGAACCUGCUGGUGCUGCAGGUCAGCUGCUUCCCGUACACGCUGCAGACCCGCCAGUCCCGCAUCAGCGUGCACAAUGAAGUGCACUGGCCCUCUGAUCAAAGUCUGGAGUCGCUCCCUCCCGGCGAGUUGGCCUACUUUGGGCUGGGCGACUACAGCAGAUCCCUGCAGUGGGGUGUGGCCAGCCCCAUUCUGCGCUGUGACGAUGCCUUUGAGAAGAUGGUCCACACACUCCUGCACAGACACCCCCACUUGCACAGCAUGGUGAUCCGCAGCUACCUGCUCAUCCAGCAGUACACGGAGGCCAUGAUGGCGCUCACCUCUUCGCCGUCGCUGAGAGACCACAUCACGCCAGAGACUCUAGCCAUGGUGGAGGACCUGAUCAACGCGCCCGGCCGGGAGGGCUCGCAAGGCCGCGGACACAUGCUGCUGGUGCGCGUGCCUUCGCUGCAGCUGGCCAUGUUGGCACGCGAGCGGCUCGAGGACGUGCGCGACAAGCUGGGCCUCCAGCUGUGCUUCGCCGUGCUGCUGGGAAGCCCCGCCUCGGAGAUCAUUCUGCCCAGGAACUUCACGUGUCGCCUACGGGCCUGGCGGGGAUGCGAGAAUGAAGACUGGGUGCCGCUCACCUACGAGGAUCUGGAGGGUCUGCCUUGCAUCGUCAUCCUCACGGGGAAAGACCCUCUUGGAGAGACCUUCCCCAGGUCUCUGAAAUACAGCGACCUGCGUCUGAUAGACUCCAGCUACCUGACGCGGACGGCCCUGGAGCAGGAGGUGGGCCUGGCCUGCACCUACGUGUCAGUGGGCGUGGUCCAGGAGCCCAAGAAGGUAGCCGGCCCUCGGGAGUCGGACGCCGAGAAGGUCGUUCAGGACGGCGAGGAGCUGGAGCGACCUCAGAGCAACGGCAGCGCGGCCACCAGGACCUCAGGACCCUUGGUGGAGAACGGAGUCAGUUCAUCCGACAACACGGAGGCUGUCCCGAAGCCCCCGGCCUGCGCGUCCAAAGGCGUCGACACGUCGGGCCUCAAGCAGGAAUGCGACUCCAUGGGCAGUCAGUUCCCCUCCAACCCUCCCAAAACCUCCUCCAAGGCCCCUCCGUCGCUGUACUCCAGCUCCUCCUCCUCCUCGCCGUCGCCCUCCUCCUCGUCGGCGCAGCGACCCAGCCAGUCCACGCAAUGUGGCCGCCGCCGCCACCCCAAGCCGGCGGCGCGCGUGUCGCCACGUACCGUCAUCAUGUCGCGGCCGGCGUACAACCUGCUGUCGGCCGACUCGGGCAGCCAGCUGAGCUCCUUCUCGCUCUUGCCCCAUGCCGACAUGGCCUGGAGCAGCCCGCUCAGGCCCCCGGUCACGGCGAGCCUGCACGGCUGGGAGCAGAGCGCCCACUAUCGCCGGUGGAGCGUCGCCAAGCAGCACCACGCCGACUACGAGGCGCCAUCCACGUCGCACCCUCGACGCCUCCUCCUAAGUGGACCGCCACAGGUGGGCAAAACGGGAGCUUACCUCCAAUUCCUUCGCAUCUUAUUCCGGAUGCUCAUCCGACUGUUGGAGGUCGACGUGUUUGAUGAGGAAGAAUCAGACGAGGAAGAGGCAAAUGAAGAGACGUCCAAGGUGGCAACGGGCGUAAAUGCGCAGUGGCCUGACAUCGAAGACAUACGCAAGCUUCCCUUUGACCCCAACCCCCGAGGCUCCAAGUUCAGGAAGGCCAGCCCCGUCCACUGCGACAAGACGCCAAAGCGCUCCAGAGUUCUGAAGGAAGAAGACGAAAGCCAAAGUGAAGCCAAGCAGGAGACCAAGUCCAUACGACUCACCCGCUUCGCAGCUCACAAUGCCUUUCAUCACUGUGAGCAGUGUCACCAUUACUGUGAUGCUAGCCCUGCAACGCAGCUGUCUGAGUGCACAUUCCACGCUUUCACCUUCUGCUCGUCCAUGCUCGGUGAGGAGGUCCAGCUCCAGUUUGUCAUUCCCAAAGACAAGGAGCAGCACUUUGUCUUCAGUCAACAGGGGAGCCACCUGGAAAGCAUGCGCCUUCCUCUGGUCUCCACCAAGGGGGUCUUUCAUGUUGGUGUCCAGGACCCCGACCUGUUGAAGAGCCCCAUUUUCACGCCAACGACGGGGCGCCAGGAGCACGGCCUGCUCAACAUCUAUCACGCCAUGGAGGGCGCCGCACACCUGCACAUCCUGGUGGUCAAGCACUUUGAGCUGCCCCACUACAGGAAGUACUGGCCCAACCACAUCCUGCUCGUUCUGCCCGCCAUGUUUAACAACUCCGGAGUCGGUGCAGCUCGCUUCAUGAUCAAGGAACUGUCCUACCACAACCUGGAGCUGGAGAGGAACCGGUGGGAGGAGCAAGGCGUCAAGCGGCAGGAAGUGUGGCCCUUCAUCGCCAUGAUGGACGACUCGUGUGUGUUGUGGAACGCCCAGCAGCCCGUAGACAACAGCGAGACAUCCGAGGGUGGCGGCUCAGUGCUUACCAACGUGUCCCUGAAAACGGUGCUGCGCCACAUGGAGACCACGCCCAAGAUCCCCCUCUACGCUAUGUGUGGAGCUCGCAAGUGGAACAGCGGCCUUGCUCGCAAGGCGCCCGGCAGGCCCUUCAGCAGGGGCCACCUGCACGACUUUGUCCUGCUCAACGUGGAUCUGACCCAGAACGUCCAGUACGACCUCAACCGUUACAGUUGUGAGGAGGUGGACUUCAAUCUUCGGGUCAACAGCAGCGGACUCCUGCUGUGUCGCUUUAACAGCUUCAGCCUGAUGAAGAAGUACAUUCCAGUCGGGGGCAACCAAGACUACAUGGUCAAACCCAAACUCAUGGUGCGCGCCUUGACUUGUCCAUACGGGGAAAUGGAAAACCCCGCCCCCAUCAGCCCUUCGCAGUACGUGUGCGCCCCCGACAGCGAGCAGACCCUGCUGGAUGCGCCGGCCCAGUUUCUGCUGGAAAAAUUCCUGCAGAGCUGCAGCCACCGAUUGUUCCCCAAAGCCGUUCAGAACCCGAACAACCCGGUCCUGUCCAUUGACAGCUACCUCAAUAUCAGCCCGGAGAUAUCCGUGUGCUAUAUCAACUCCCGUCCACACUCCACCAACCUCAACCACCAGGGCCUGGUGUUCAGCGGCCUGCUGCUGUACCUCUGCGACUCCUUUGUCGUCUCCGGACUCCUCAAGAAGUUCCGCUUCCUCAAAGGCGCCACCUUGUGCGUCAUCUGCCAGGACCGCAGCUCCCUGCGUCAGACCAUCGUGCGUCUGGAGCUGGAGGACGAGUGGCAGUUUCGCCUACGCGACGAGUUCCAGACAGCCAACUGCAGCGAGGACCGACCCCUCUACUUUCUCACCGGACGCCACGUUUGAACCCCAAACGAGCAAACGCCAGCCAUCAGAACUCGCCGGGGGAGGAGAACAAGCGUGAUGGACACUAAGCUAUGCUAUAAUUGUACGUCAACCACCCGUGCGCCCGCUCGUGGAUGUACGUGUUUAUCUCAGGGGUUUUUAAAAGGGAAAAAUCAGACUUAUGGGAAUGAGAGAUGUUUUCUCCCUGUGUUUACUUUCUUCCCGGCACCAAAGACAUCAUCGAGCUGCACCUUUUCUUGCCCCAUCAUGCCUUUCACUGCCUGACAACUCCACACAAAACACUGCCGACUGGACAUAUGACAGUACACGCUCUAUAGAAAGUCCCUUAUUUGGCGUCUUGUCAAAAAAAUAAAAUAAAAGGUGGGUGAGGAAAUCUGUGGCACCUGGGCCAUAUUGCAGCACAUUUUAUCCAGCGCAUCGUGCAAAGCCUUUUGAUUCAAAUUGAAUUUAAAGGAGACAUUAUUUGAUCUUAAAUCAUAUCACCGAGCACCACUUAUCAGAAACAAACCCUGUUAGCUAAUGCUAAUCAGUGCAGCCUAAAAAAAACUCAAUGCAGCUCUUCUUACCUUUUGGCUUGACUUGAUUCAAUCAAAAGUGGCUCCCUCACCCACACAAUUUGAGAAAUAAGCAGACAUUUAUUUGGUUCUUUAAUGUCACAUUAUUGCGUAAUAUUUCCAUAUGUCCCCUUUAAACACUGCCUUGUGUAUGGGAAAGGGAGAAUGUGUUUCCUAUGAGUUUGUGCACAGGGUUUUCCAAAGAAUAUGCCUUAAGGAGAAAUGAUGCUCACUCAUGCGUGGACCAUUGAGAGCAAGGCAAAACAGAGAAUUUUGCUAGAGCCAAAACAAAACAAAAAAAGCCAGAGAAAUAGACUACUGUACUGUUUAAAGUUUACCAUAUUAUUAUUAUUAAUAUAUUCUAUCAUGCCCCCCCCUCCCUUUACUUGCUAAGGGUUACUGAUGUGUUUUGUUUGUGUGCGUGUAACUUUGACCCACUUUUAGUGUCAGCAAGAAGAAUCUACCUAAAAUGUGUCUUUAACCGCGUAUCUGUAUGCGCUCACCAGGGAGUUGUUAUUUAUUUCAAGCAUUAUAGUUGGACUGAUAAUCAUGUGGAGAAAAAAAAAAAAGAAAGUGUUUGAUUGCAUGCGCCCUAGGGCGGGUCAAUCUACUGAAUGUCACUGAGGCGUGAGGAAAUGGAGUGAACUUGCACUAAACAAGUUGCCAAACCAAAUCAUGGAAUUUUAAUCCGGAACCCCCCCAAAAUGAUAGUGUUGAUCAGAAGUCUGCACCCCAAAAAAAGAAAAAUAAGGUCCACGUGAAUGAACGUUGAAUAAUAUGCAACUUGCUCACACAAUCUUCGCAGAGAGAGAGAGAGAGAGAGAGAAGCGGCACAGCGGCAGCGUCGGUCGGCAUCUACCUCAUGUUGUCACAGAAGAGCCGUGCUAUGUUGUCCUUGUUGUUGUUGUUGCUGUUUGAAAUUGAUGAAUGUAAUAAUAAUAAUAAAAUGACUUUUAAAAUCUUCA